GCCGUCGCUCUCAGCAGCUCCAUAAGAGCGCGCAGAGUCCGGAUGUUGGACACAUCGUCCCGGGAGCGGACCUCACAGGUUUGGGUUCUACCUGGAUCCACAUGAGCCAGCUGCUGCUCGAACCCCGAACAGAACCACAGGAGAACUGCGACAAACAACCCUAAACAGGAGGCGUUGCGCUGCAUAGAAAAUGGAGUUCUUCAGGAUCUUGGUUCUGGUGUUCCUGUUUGCCGUCCUGGCCCUGUCACAUGCUGCUGAUCCUGGAGCCCCAUUUGACAAGAGGAGAAAGGCACAAACCUCAGCAGAUGGCAGCAAUGCCUUACAGUACCCCCAUCAAGUUCUGCAGGGCCACAGUUACGACAGGGACCGCAGGGGCCACGGCAGCCAGAGGGCCCGCUCUGCCAAGGGUGGAGCCGGGCUCCUUUCCCACAGAGCCCUACAUCCUCUGCCCAGACCUGAGGACGAUGGGACAGGCCUGGAGGGUCUGAGCCCAGUGAGAGUGGAAAUGGGCCCCAGCAGGGACAGAGUUCGGCUGAGCACAAAGAGUCAAACCCGGGCCCAGGAAAACCAGCUCCAGGGGACACGUAAGGGAAGAGGGCAUGGGAAUGGACAAGGGCACCCUUCUGAGUACAGGAGACAAGGGAGCCGACGUGAUAAGAUGAGACACAGAAAAGAACCCGGGCUGAGCUUGACGUUUAAAGACAGAGACAUAUUUGAAGAUCCUCCCCCCUCCUGGUUCUCAUCGUCCACCUCCCCCUCCCUCGAUGUGACCCCACCCAGUGAACCCCCCUCCCCCUUCAUUAGCCUCUUCGACUCCAGCUCCUCCAUGGUUACCACGGUGAUGAACGAGCAUCCCCCAACGCUGCCUCCAGCCUCCACCAAACCCCAGAGGUCUGGACAAGGAGAAGUGAUGCCAACACUGGACAUGGCCCUGUUUGACUGGACGGACUACGAGGACAUGAAACCUGUAGAUACCUGGCCCUCUUCCAGGAAGAAAGACAAGAGGCGGAGCAAGAACCUCAGCAGUGGGAACAUAACUGCAGAUGCUAGUGCGGUCGAACCAUGUGACCACCACCUGGACUGUCUUCCUGGUUCCUGUUGUGACCUGAGACAACACGAGUGUAAACCUCACAACAGAGGCCUCAACAACAAAUGCUACGAUGACUGCAUGUGCGAGGAAGGGUUUCGCUGUUACGCUAAAUUUCACCGCAAACGGCGAGUGACUAGAAGGAGGGGCCGCUGCGUGGCGCCAGAUUCAGUCAGCAGUGACCACGGAGGCUUCAUCACUAUAUGAAGAUGAGAGGGACGAGACGAGCGUGAAGAAUCUCUACACCAUCACCGAGACAAAUGUGACGGGACGGCCACGACACAGUUAGGUGCUCAAAGACGUUCUCUUGCUGUUCUUUUUGUUGCUGCUGCCAAUUCCAAAUCAAAACCGCACAUAUAAUAAAUCAGAUGCAGACAUCUAGUCAUUUAAAAACACAAAAUAACUGGUGGCUAAACUGUUUUUUUGGAGUAGUUUCUAGCAAAGCACCAUCUUAAGCACCUAGUUUAACGCAAACUGUUUAGUUCUCCUCACCACUGAUGCAGUAAAAU